AUAUCUCUACGUUUCGAUCGUGUUUUAACUGGCUAUUUAUAACAGAAGAUAAAAAAAAAAUGUGUAAUAACCAAAUUGCGAUAUGUUAUCGAGAAUGCUAGUGUGACAUUGCCCUUAUGAACUAGUUUCUUCAUCGCGUUAUUUUAAAUUGUCCGUUUAGUUGGAACGAAAUAGUUGUGUUUAAAUGUGGUUGUGUGUGAAACUUAAAACUAAAUUUAAAAUAUAUACCAGAAAUAUGUUACAACACUGUGUUAUAUAAAAAAAAAUAAAAAUACACUCAUAAAAGAUUUCAAUUACAAACGCAAAGAGUUUCAUGAAAAUAAUACUUAAUUGAAGAAAACCAAUUACCUCUUAUCAAUACUACAAGACAAACGAAUACCGAACUAUAGUUAUAUGAAUUACACAGAAGAAUUGACUUGUAAUAAUGUUACUAUAGCACUGAAGAUGUUGGCUGAAGAAUUUUUGUAACGUAACAAAAAUAUCCACUCAUUGUCAUAUACAUUAAUAAAAUAACAGUAAUAAAAUUGAAAUAAUAAUAUAAAAGACCGUAACAAUUUAUACAAUAAUUUAAUAAUAUAAAUUUUAUUUAAGCUUCUUAAUAACAAAUAAAAAUAAUAAGGUUACAAAUAGAACGUAACAUAUUUGUUACCAAUUAACAGUAACAAGUAAUAUAACAAAAUGCGUGCGUACAUCCGCUUCAUCUUCGCUGCAGUAACGUUCACAUUGACGAUGUUUCUGCUGGUCUACAUGGCAGACAUGGGUCGAGUGGCCCUGGUGGGAUCCCGAAGGUUACCCAGGGAUACCUUGGCCCCCAUGAAAAGGGCGCAGACCCUCGAUGCCGCUUAUGAGAAGAGAAACGCCACGUUCCAAAAACGACUUCACACUGUUCGGAUGAUGCGUCAUGCAUGGAACAACUACAAGCUGUACGCGUGGGGCAAGAACGAGUUAAAGCCCAUGUCGAAGAGGGCCCACCUGUCGGGAGUGUUCGGCGGGGGGGACCUGGGCGCCACCAUCGUGGACGGCCUCGACACCCUCUACCUCAUGGGGCUCAUGGACGAGUUCCGGGAGGGCCGCGACUGGGUCGCGCAGCAUCUCAAUAUUAACGAUGUUGACUCAGAGCUGUCAGUAUUCGAAACAACAAUCCGCUUCGUGGGUGGACUGCUCUCCUGCUACUCGCUCACCGGAGACAGCGUGUUCAAGGACAAGGCGGCCGAGGUGGCCGACGCUCUGCUGCCCGCCUUCGAGACUCCCACGGGCUUGCCAUACGCGCUUAUCAACCCUUCCACCAAGGCAAGCAGACAGUACCACUGGGCGGGUCCAAACAGCAUACUGUCGGAGCUAGGCACCCUGCACAUGGAGUUCACAUACCUCAGUGACGUCACGGGACGUGACGUUUACAAGAAGAAAGUGGACCGGAUUCGCGAGACGUUACGCACGAUCGAGAAACCUGGCGACUUGUACCCGAACUUCAUCAACCCGCGGACGGGACAGUGGGGCCAGAGACAUAUGUCCCUCGGCGGGUUAGGCGAUUCGUUCUACGAGUACCUGCUCAAGUCGUGGCUCGUAUCGGGGCAGGCAGACGAGGCGGCACGCGUUAUGUUCGACACGGCCAUGCAGGCUGCCUUGGACAAGAUGCUACGGGUGUCACCCUCAGGGCUCUCGUACCUCGCUGAGCUGAAGUAUGGACGGAUAUUCGAGGAGAAGAUGGACCAUUUGUCGUGCUUUGCUGGGGGUAUGUUCGCACUGGCGUCAACGACUCUUGAGAACACCCUAUCAGAUCGGUACAUGGACGUGGCCAAGAAGCUGACGCACACCUGCCAUGAGAGCUACGCCCGCUCAGACACCAAACUCGGACCUGAAGCCUUCAGGUUCUCGGGCGCGGUGGAGGCGCGUGCGCAGAAGAGCAACGAGAAGGUGUACCUGCUGCGACCGGAGACGUUCGAGAGCUACUUUAUCCUGUGGAGGCUAACCAAGGACGAGAAGUACCGCGACUGGGGCUGGGAGGCUGUCGAGGCGCUAGAGAAGCACUGUCGCGUGGACGGCGGGUACACGGGGCUCCUGAACGUAUACCACCAGACCCCGCAGGGAGACGACGUGCAGCAGAGCUUCUUCCUCGCAGAGACGCUCAAGUAUCUAUACCUCCUGUUUUCGGACGACACUCUCCUACCUCUCGAAGAGUGGGUGUUCAACACAGAGGCACAUCCUUUCCCUGUCAAAGGCAAGAACCCGCUGUAUCGCGGCGUAGAAGCAACGGACGUAGAGAGAGAAGACAACCAGCUGUAGGCUGAAGGUAACCCAGCAUAGGCCUCACACAACUAACUGUGGGUAACCAUAAUGCAGGCCUCGACUAUCUUUAGGCCUCAAGUAACCAAGUUUAGGCCCCAAGAAACUAACUGCAGGCCUCAAGCAACCAACAAUAGAUUUCUUGUCGGUAACGCAAUAUUAUUUGUUACAUGUAAAAUGUUAUUGACAAUAUAAAUUUUAAAACGUUAGAAAAGGGAGGGGUCGACCUAAUCUUCGAGUAAACCCCUUCUAAUUGUCCUUGGGGCAAACGUGCAGCAUUGCCACGCUGAAUUGACACGGCCUCUCCACCAGGUACAGUCAUGAGUAAUAUCAUGUACCCACUUUAGAACCCUGUCGCACUAUCAUACUUGACAUUUAAUGAAACUUACGGUUUAAUUUGUCAAAAAAGUUAAUGUGACAGAGUGUCAAAGUGUAUACAUAUUAGUACUCGUGACCAUACGUCCCCGAACGGAGGUCGCAACCCCUUUCCCUAAGGCGAAGUCCGAUCUCUUUAAUAAGGCCAUAGGCUUUGCUGGAGCAACCUGUGUCAUCCACGGCACGAACAGAUGACUUGGCAAGUUAACUGUGCUUGGUGUGUUUUCUGAUGAACUGAUAUUAUUUGAAAUUAUUCUUGAGUUUUUUAAAUUACUCAAGUCCUGAUAAGCCGAUAAUGGAAUAAGGGACAUAAGGAUGUUCACGUGAUUUUCUGUUAGAAUCAUGUCUUGUAUGUAGUUGAUGCGUUUAUGGAAGACACAACUUUUUCUAUCUAGUCUUAACAUAUUUGAAAUGGUAAAAACAAACAGUAGCUUAUCUUCAUACAAGUAAAGUUCACUAUCUGCCUGAAUUUAAAGCGCACGGACGUGCGGCCUUCCGUUGGAAAUUUGUCUGAUUUCGGAGUUCCUAUGACACAAUAAAUUAAAUACCAGUGAUUUCGGAGGCUUAAUUAAUAUCUCACCUGUUUUUGUCAGGACUUAAGUUUCAAAAUGGUUCGUUUCAUCUUUCUUCAUAUGAAUAUGAACGAUAAUUAUUAUGUUUACGACAAACAGUGAACCAAUAUAUAGUAUGCAGAUAAUCUUCAGUUUUUUUUAUGUCUUCAGUUUGAUAUUCAUUUUCUAUUUCUUGUCUUGUUUACAAUAAACUAUUAAAUUAUGUGAACAUAUUUUCCGAGAAUCAAAAGAAUUAUGCCGAUGAUAUUUUUUAUGAUAUUUAUUUCGAUUUGCACAGAUUAUAUUUGAAAUACGCGGAUUUAUAUUAUUUUUUUAAGGUGCGCGUACAGUCAUGAGCAAUAUCAUGCACCCACUUUAGAACCCUGUCGCGCUAUCAUGUUUGACAUUUAAUGAGACUUACGGUUCAAUUUGUCAAAAAGUUGAAUGUGACAUGGUUUCAAAGUGUAUGCGUAUUAGUACUCGUGACCGUACAGUAAUGGCAAUGUAUUUCGUAAACAUUUCAUUCAGUGAUGUUGCGUUCCAGGGAAUGUUCUCGUUGUAAAAACUCUUUUCUUUUUAAAUUGUUCUUUCUUGUACAGUCAUGAGCAAUAUAAUGUACCCACUUUAGGACUCUGUCGCACUAACAUAUUUGACAUUUAGUGAGACUUACAGUUCGAUUUGUCAAAAAAGUUAAUGUGACAUGGUACCAAAGUGUAUACAUAUUAAUGCUCGUACUCUGGUCUUAUCUGCCUAAAGGUUAGGCAAAAAAGCUCUUUUUCGUAAGUUUUGCGCCUUCUCACUGCCUUACUUUGGAAACGUUCCCGAGAAGGCACAUCGCUGAUCGCAUUGUGGUAAACGAACUAAGUUAGUAGUUUCUAAUGGUGCAUAUUCGGGCGGAUACAAACUUAACUUGAAUUUGAAUUUGUUAGCUCUUAAAUUAGUGCCAUCCCUCACUUCCAAUACGUGCAAGAAAGGGAUGGGGCUAGGUUUUGUCGUCUCAAAUUAAGUUGUGGUGGUUGCCCGAAUCGAGACCAUUAAAGCUGCAAAUAAACUAGGGCAUGCGUUUUGCAUUGACUAGAUAAAAUACAUACAUAAUACAUAAACAGCCUAUACACGUCCCACUCCUGGGCACAGGCCACCCCUCAAUCAACUGAAGGGGGUAUGGAGCAUACUCCACCACUAGGUUUUUACAGCUAAGCGCCGGUACCAACGGCUUCACGUGCCCUCCGAAGCUGGUGAUUCAAGCGUGCAAAGUCCCUACCCGGACCUCCAGUUCGUGAGGCUAACGCUCUAACCACUAGACCAUCAAUGCUGUCAACAUAAAUAAUACUUAUAAAUUUACGAACUGCGUUACCAAUAAGAUAAACAAGUGGUGAACAAGUAUUUGAGAGCCAAGCAAAAUUGAAUGCUAUUAUUAAAUAAUUUGAUUGAACUUUCCUUGUCUUUCUCACAUUUACCGCUUGUAUAUUUUUUAUUUGUAUUGCGGUUAGUAUAUUAACACUUUCACGGGCACAGACCACGGGUUUUGACUUCUCAUUCAUAAUUGUAUGGCACGUAAUCUUUAUGACCUUGAAAGUGUUAAUUAUAUUUUACAUUCUAUAAAACUAGACUUUCUUUUAUAUACCUUAUGCAUUUUCGGAGGUGCGUGACCUAAUCUGUAUUGGGCUGGUUUUUUCCCUUCGGGGGUUGGAAGGUUAGACAGGCAGUCGCUUCUGUAAAAAACCCGGACCUGUCAAAUCUUCAGGUUAGGUAAGCAGUUAGGACUCCACUCCUAUCUCAUCAGUCAUC